AUGAAUAGGUCUUCUUCAUGGUUGUCAUUUGAUGGAUCUUCACUCUGUUAUGAUAGUCGUUUCAUUCAAUCUGACUUAUUGUUAGAUGCAGUUAGUACAACAGAGUUUCUUGGCGUAUCCGGCCAUAUACAAUUUAGUGUUAAUGCAACAGAUCGAAUAAUUGGUUUAUAUUAUUCUGCAAAAAAUGUUCAACCUUCUUCGAAUGGUUUAAAUUUUGUGCCCCUAUUAGAAUAUGCUCAUCCGGGUGUAAAUUUGAGAAUAGGUGUUAUUGAAUCCGUUCCAUUUACUAUAGCUCAAAAUGUUACAGAUGCAUCUGGACAAAGUACAAUGCAGUAUAGUGGCUAUGUACUGGAUCUUAUUAAACUUUUACAAAGUAAAACAGGAUUUAUUCCAACUAUUAAAUUAGCACCAAAAAAUCAAACAUAUGAUGGAUUGAUUCAAGCAGUAGUAACGGUGUUUACGAUAUAG